AGGUAUACUUAUUAUUUCAUAAUUUGGCAAGUGAUUAUUAUAGGUGAUUUAAGUUCUAUUUGUUUUUACUGAUUAUUGUGAUACAAAAAAUAUUAAACUUAAAUAUAUAUCUGUGUUCUAAUGUGCAUUUAAAUAAUUUCAUAUAAUGAAUUCAGUUGUCGGAUCUUUUAUAUGUUUCGUAUCAGUGUUAACAGCUUCAUCAUCAUCAAGAGUCUUAGAAUUAAGUGAUAAAUUUAUUGACAUUAGUCAUGAAGGAAUGUGGUUUGUGAAAUUUUAUGCUCCCUGGUGUGCUCACUGUCGGCGGUUGGAGCCGGUGUGGGCCCAUGUAGCGCAGACACUUUACAAUUCUCCCAUUAAAGUGGCUAAAGUAGAUUGUACAAGGUUUUCUGCGGUUGCUUCACAUUUUAAAAUAAGAGCAUAUCCCACAAUAUUAUUCAUCAAAGGUUCCUUUCAACAUGAGUACAAUGGUGACAGGGUGAAAGAAGAGAUGGUGAAUUAUGCUCUGCGCAUGUCCCAACCAGCAAUUCAAAAAGUAUCCCAGGAAGACAGCAUUGGUUACUUAAAGGAAACACACUCCAUAUUCUUUGGAUAUGUUGGCAAACAAGCAGGGCCAUUAUGGGAUAUGUAUGCAAAUCAUGCAGAAAAGUAUCAACCGCAUACAUGGUUUUAUGUUAUGUCUCAUGAUAUAAUCAAAACGGAGUUUAAGCCACCAAAUGAAACUACAGUAUUUGUGCAUAAGGAAGGUGAUGUGUUUUUUUAUGAAGCUACUCCAGCUAUAAUUGAAGACAAGGAAGCCCUUAAUGUAUCUUUGGACAAAUGGAUUAACUCUGAAAGAUUCGGUUUCUUCCCCAAAAUUACCAGAUCCAAUAUAAAUGAUCUGAUAGACACAGAAAAAUACAUAGUGAUGGCGGUUGUGUCUGAAAAUAAAUUGAAUGAAAUAACUCAAACUGAAAGAGAUUUUAAAGAUAUGAUUGAAGGAAUUGUCAAGAAACGGAAGAGGGAUCUUCACCGUAGGUUUCAAUUUGGUUGGUUGGGCAAUCCAGAGCUAGCAAAUUCUAUAGCAAUGUCAGAACUGACCGUCCCCCAUCUUUUGGUACUCAACUCUACCACAAGCCACCACCAUAUACCUGAUGACGAUCCAGUCCUCAUGACACCUGAAGCAGUCUCAAUCUUCCUUGAUCACAUACAUGAACAAGUUGCACCGGCGUAUGGAGGGAAUAGCUGGCCAGUGCGUUUCUACCGAGGGUUUUACGAGGCCAGAACAACUCUCACCAACAUGUGGCGCGGCAAUCCAGUUCUUACGGCCCUGGUAUUUGGCCUGCCUCUCGGAUUCUUAUCGCUUAUCUGCUAUUCGGUUUGUUGCGCAGACAUCCUGGACGCAGAAGAAGAAGACUCUUCUGAUACACACGAAAAGAAGGACUAAGUAAGUCUCCGCAAAUUGAUUCCUUUAAUUGUUGACAUGAAUAUAAUGAUGUGCCACCUAUUCAAUUAGGAAAUAUUGAUGUUUCGUCCGAAAUAAAACAGCCAAAUUUGAAAUAACCUUCAGGGACAAUAUACGAACGCAGUGGUAUUUCUUCAUCCAGUAUAAAAGCUAUGUAUAGUAUGAAAUUAUGAAGAAGGUCAAAUACUUUCCUAGACAGCUCCUUUAGUUUAGGUAUACCAAUAUUAUUUGGAACAGUUUCAUUUAUUAUUAAUGUGUGUGUACAGUUCUGUACCUAUUCAUUCAUAUGUAAACUAAUCGAAUUUUUAUACUACAUGUUUUUGUGUGUAGUAAGAGUGGUGUGUAGGUGUAAUUUUGUACAUAAGUAUUUACAUAAUUUAUUCCUAAUAGUUUUUAAGUAUAUGAAAUUGGCAAUGGUAAUUUAGAAUUUAAUUUUAUUCUGGAUGUAGAUGAAAUUGAUGUAAAAUGGAAUAUGGAACAUUUCUUACAUUAUUCGGAUUUCUAAGGAAGUAGACAUAAAGUGCAGAAGGUAGGUAAAAAUAACUUAAAUGUAUACAAAAAAAAGGUAUAAAACCACCGGCUAUAAAACAAAAGAAUUAAGGCUGUGAAGUGGAUAAAGCCCCCUAUUUAAGUUCUAUUUACCUAUGUAAAAUUUAUGUGUUACAUAGUAUCGUUGUGUAAAAUAAGCAUCGCGGUAAUUGUAAUAUGAUGUUGAUUAUGUUUUAACAAGACGAGUAACGCACCAUCUGAAAUCUCUCUCAAAUUAUUUGAUCUUAACUUUUUAUAAAAUCUACGCGAAAUUAAGUAGAAAAGGUAUUGAAACCCGUUGAAGCGCCAUCAAGCGUAGAUGAGCUGAGACUUGAAAAAAGAUAAGUUAAGAUGGUGGGACCAAGUCUCCAAUUCAGAAUAUAGCACACAAAGUGUUUGUAGUAUAAAUUUACUAUACUACUACUCUUUAACAGACAUUUGUACCUCUAAAGGUAAUAAAAGCAUAUAAAGAGGUUCCUGAGUAUGGUUUGUAGGGUUCGGCAUUAGCAUACAGAUAGAUUUUUUAAUCUCAUAUAAGUAUCAUGAAUUUUAACGUAAAUCUAGUCUUUGAAUAUUUGUAUAGGCGCAAAAGAAAAUUGGAACUUAAGACGUUCAAUAAAAUAGAAGAGGAAGAUAAUAUAGGUCGCGCGGUGGUUUAAGAACGCUCGGCAAAAGUAGAAGGGGCAUGCGCAGUGAUCAAAUUUUAGGUCUAUUAGGUGCGACGAGGAGAGAGGGGGGGCGGGUGUGCGCCGACGGCGACACGUAUUGGUGGAUUAGUCACUCUUUACUUCCCGCGUUGAGUUCGCGCGUCCCGUGUCUCUUGGGUACUGUUGCGUACAGAUUGUUUUAUCGUAUUAAUAGUAAGUCGUAAUGGGAACAAAUGCCAAAAAAUAAAAUUUACACAUACACACUUUUGCAUUUAUAAUAUAAGUAGGGAUACACACUUUCGCAUUUAUAAUAUAAGUAGGGAUUAUAAGUAUUUAUAAGGCACAAAAUCCAUACUAAUAUUAUAAGAUAUGGAUAUAGUUAAAUAACUGAGUUAAAACAUAGGCUACUUUUUUUUUGGAAAAUCACGCGGGCGAAAUUGCGGGACAACAGCUAGUAUUAAAUAAAUAAAAAAAAACAUUUCCCUUAGCAUUUUUGAGCGCGAAUGUACACAUGCGCCGAUUGCCCCCACUAUUUUUGCCGAGCGUUCUUUAACCACCGCGCGACCUAUACUAUAGAGUUUUAAAUUAUACCUAUAAGGAAACUCGACUGAGGUAAGUAUAUACUACCUUACGGUCAAGCACGUGUAGUUAUAUGUACGUGCAGGGACAUACACCUAUGACCCUUCUUCCACCUGACUGUAUUCCUGAGUAUAUCUACAGUUAUUUGGGGAGGAUCCCAGGCCUGUUUCGUUAGGUAAGCGACUUACUGGUCGUCUUAAACAACAAUAUACCCGGCCUAGUCGAGCCAGGAAGCCAGAGGGCAUCGUGGUGGAAUGUCGUGCGAUCCCAUGAUGCUCUCAAAAUGGCAAGAAAGGCGUACUGGAGGGGUUUUAGUGGGUAACCUGGAACACUAAGUGCCAGGAGUCCCACAUUUUCCCGGGUGAAGACCGGGACGACCCCCUGGGGGAUUUCCCCUUCGACAACGAAAAGAGUGCGCUUGAUCCUGGAUUAGGUAAGUCAGGUUUUCACACGACUCCCGGUAUAUUUUUUAUGCCAGCGCCAAUAUUAGUUGUCUGUUCGUCAGAUGUUCGAGGUAGUAAAAUUUGAGACGUUAUCUUAACUUAUGGGCUAUGGCUAAAAUAAUUUAAGCGGUACCAAAUGUACCUUAUAAAAAUCAUUGUAUCUGUAUUAUUUUAUGUAUUUUCCAUAAGACAUAUGAUCUUAAUAUGAAAAGCAAAUCAUAUGUAUUUUAAAGUAAAUAAAAUAUUAAACGGUAAAUAAA